AUGUCGAGUCCGGCCAAGAAGAGGAAGCUCAACAGUGGCAAGAAACAGCCCGCAGCCCAGUCAAAGGGACUGGAGUACUUCUUUUCCAGGCAGAAGCAGUCGGAUGCAUUGAACUCAUCAGCUGGCGAGGAUGGCGCUCAGAGUAGCUCCUCGGCUAUACUUUCAGAUGAGGAACUGGCACGGAAGCUACAAGCAGAAUGGAACCAAGAGGCAGCGAAUGAAGCUCAUACUCCUUCGGAUGGCCAAAAUGCGACUCCCAAGGACAAAGAUAUCGGAUCCAUAGCAGAGACAGUAGAGGAUGAUUCAAUGCCUACUUCAGCAAGCCAACCAGAUCAAUUACCUCUUGCAACGACUCCUAAAAAGCAGGAUGCUAAGAAGACACUUUCUCUGCAAUCUACUGGAAUGGCCGAUGAUAUCGUAACAACGUCUAUCCCCCUUGACGAGUCGCCACUCACUUUUGAACCGUCAAAGUAUGUAAAGGAGCUGCAGGAAUACUGGGCCCCCGAGAACGGGGAUGCGUCCUACGCCCUUCUUACUAGAUGCUUCGUCCUUGUCAGUGCAACGACAAGUCGUAUCAAAAUCGUUGAUACUCUGGUAAAUUGCCUACGAAUUCUGGUCGAGGGCGAUCCUUCUAGUCUUUUACCAGCUGUCUGGCUGGCCACCAACUCUAUAUCUCCUCCAUACAUCUCUAUGGAGCUUGGGCUCGGCGGCUCUGCCAUUUCCAAGGCUCUUCGCCAAGUAUGUGGUCUGGAUAACCGGUCCCUCAAAGCCAUCUAUGAUAAAUACGGGGAUCCUGGCGAUGUUGCUUUCGAAGCGAAGAAGAAACAGAGUUUCACAUUGAGAAAACCGAAGCCUCUUACAAUAAAGGGAGUAUAUCAAUCCCUAGUCAAGAUUGCCACUACUCAUGGGCAAGGCAGCGGUGAGGUGAAGCAACGGAUUGUAGAUCGGCUACUGCAAGAUGCGCGAGGGGGAGAAGAGAGCCGGUUUAUUGUUCGAACCGUCUCUCAAUAUCUCCGCAUUGGUGCCGUCAAAACUACCAUGCUCAUUGCGUUGUCCAGAGCUUUCUUGCUAUCUAAAGCCCCAGGUUCUGAGUACGGCACAAAGGAUAUUACGGAGCUAAGUAAACUAAAGAAGGAAGAGUUGGCGGAAGUCUGGAGCAGAGCAGAAGAGAUUGUCAAGGCAAGUUUUGCGAGGCAUCCAAAUUACAACGACUUAGUUCCUGCACUGCUUGACAUCGGGGUGUGUGAAGAGUUGCUCCUGCGGUGCGGCUUGACCCUUCACGUGCCAUUGCGUCCCAUGCUGGGAAGCAUAACCAGAGAUCUUUCAGAGAUGCUUACGAAGCUCCAAGGGAGGGAUUUUGCGUGCGAGUAUAAAUAUGAUGGACAGCGCGCCCAAGUCCAUUGCGAUGAAAAAGGCAAGGUUUCGAUAUUUUCGAGACACUUGGAGCUCAUGACCGAAAAAUAUCCUGAUCUUGUGGAGCUUGUACCAAAGAUUAGAGGAGAAGGUAUCGGUAGUUUCAUCAUGGAAGGGGAAGUUGUUGCUGUUGACCGAGAGACGGGAGAGCUCAAGAAUUUCCAGACACUGACAAAUCGUGCGCGAAAGGAUGUUGCAAUUGGAGACAUCAAAAUCGAUGUCUGUCUUUUCGCGUUUGAUCUGAUGUAUCUCAACGGGCAAUCUCUUUUGGACAGACCAUUUCGAGAAAGACGAGAACUUCUUCGGUCGCUCUUUAUCGAGGUGCCGCACCACUUUACCUGGGUUCAAAGCCUAGACGCUACUUCUGGUGACUCUGAAGCAGUUCUCGAGUUUUUCAAGUCGGCAUUGGAAAAUAAAUGUGAAGGCAUCAUGGUCAAAAUCCUGGACAAUAUUCCUGAUCUGCCCUUAGUGGAAGAUGAGCCUGAGCAGCCCCUGGAAGAUACAGAAAAACUGUCGUUGCCCAAGACUAAAACAAAGGGCAAGGGGAAGACGAAGAGUACUGCAAAAGGCGAUGGUGAUGAAAAAUCAACAAAAUCUCGAAGAAAGCCGCUCUUGGCAACAUAUGAGCCAGAUAAACGGCUAGACUCCUGGCUCAAGGUUAAGAAGGAUUACAAUUCGAGCUUCGACACGCUAGAUAUGAUUCCCGUGGCUGGAUGGCAUGGGCAAGGCAGAAAAGCGAAAUGGUGGUCACCCAUCUUGUUGGCGGUGCGCAAUGAGGAAAGCGGCACGCUGGAGGUGGUCUGCAAAUGCAUAUCGGGCUUUACAGACGCAUUUUACAAGGCGAAUAAGGAGUUUUACGACAAUGGAGAAGAAAGCGGCGAGCCAAAGAAUACCAAGCUACAGAAGCCGAGCUUCAUAGAAUACUAUGGCCCAAGCCCAGACGUUUGGUUUGAGCCACAGGAGGUAUGGGAAAUGGCGUUUGCAGACAUUACACUCAGUCCGGUCUAUACCGCGGCAAUUGGACUCGUGAGCGACGAGAGAGGUCUCAGUUUACGAUUUCCACGAUUUUUGAAGAAGAGAGACGACAAGAGUAUUGAUGAAGCAAGUACAAAUGAGUUUCUGGCCAACUUGUGGAGAAAACAAGAAGCAAAGGCGGCAUCGUCAACGCCGAAGAAUGGGGACGCCGAAAUGGAAGAUGUUCUGGAUGGCGACCAAGACGAAUGA